AUGGAGACUACACAAGCUGAAAACGAAGUUCUAUUAACUGUAUACGAUGCUAUAGAUGGCAGGCACGAAUCCACGCCGUUAAAAAAAGUUGCUAGCGUGAAUCCCAGCCCAGGAACGGCAGAAAUGCACAAGUGCCUUCCCAAAUAUCCAAACCAAGGGAUAUUUGUCAUUAAAAGUAGCCAACAAAAUGGCCCGGGACAACAAUUACCAGUGAACUUCAACCCCCGAAAAGCCCAAAGCAUGUCUGUCAACGAAAAAGUCCUGAAAUGGAUUUUGCAAAUCCCAUACUCGUACUGCAAUGACACAGAAAUCUUUAUGGAUUGUUACCCUGGGGUGGUGGACAGCUCGACCUCGUCAAGCAUAUCUCAUGGGUUUUUUGAAUAUUCUGAUAACGACGCCUUGAUUGAGUUGCAGGCAAGGAAAAUCACUCGUUACGUCGUUACCCACUAUUUUAAGGAACUUGAACCGGAGGUUAAAACUACUGCUGCUGAUGAUGAUGAUAAUGAAGAAGAAUUUUUUGAAUACGGCAAUAGUGCCAACAAAAAAUUUGGACAAGGGCAUGAAACAUACCCAUUAAAACUCCAUCAUCCCGCAAGUAAGAUGCUUGCCAUGUCCAAGCACUGUUGUGAUCGUGUAUAG